UCUCCCUCCUAUCUUUCGUCUUCUCUGCCACCUGUGACUCUCUCUGCAAUCAAAAUUGCAGUCCAUGGCUUCAACGACAAACUCUCCCUUUAACACGGAACCAAAACUCAAAACACAAAUUCAACAAAAUUUGUAUCUUUCUAUAAAAAAAAAAAGAAAUCAAUGAGUGCUCGAGAUGGAAUUCUCUUUAAAGAAAUCAUUCAAUACCCUUGGCUCCUACAAGCAUUCUAGAAGAAUCUCCGCCGGAGGGGCCACCAGCGAGUCCAGUAGCCACGAAGAACUCCCAAUUCUCUUGCACCACAACGCCGAGCAACAACAAUUAGAUUUAGAGCCAAUGAGUACCCGGAGGGAGGUAAUUGUCAAAGUAGAUGGAGGCGACCGCGGCAGCAUCACCAGCAGCGGAAGCCGUGAAAGCAACGAUUCUUUAGUUACCACCGGAAAAAUGUGGCGGGAAUCCAGCCUUAAUUACUGGGGAGAAGGAGAAGAAAAUCAACAGAUGAACGGUCAGGACCCACCGACGAAGCUGAUUGGUGAGUUCUUGAACAAACAGAGGAAUGCCGGAGGUGAGGUUACGCUUGACAUGGACUUGGAGAUGGAGGAGAUUAGAGACGACCGAUGUGUACCACAGCCGGCGGCAGAGUUUCUUUCUGGUAAUACUCCUCCAAAGGAGCUUAGGGUCUCUUUCGACCCUUCCUCUGUUUCCUCUGUUUCCAAUUCCUCUGUUUACAAAGGCAAGCAAAACAAGGACGAGGUUGUGAGGUGCACAUCCUUUGAGAAACACCCUUCAAUGAUACAGAGAGGGAGUGGAUUGUUGUCAAGAUUGAAAACCAAGUCUCGGUUCGAAGACCCACCACCGGAGGAGGUGGAGAGGAGGUCAGGAAGAUUAAUUGGUAAAUCAGGGCCGUUAAGGUCCGGAAUGACAGGUAAAGCAACGGAGGAGGAGGAGGAUGACCCAUGGUCCGGCGAAGACUUACCUGAAGAAUACAGAAAACAGAAUCUAAAUGCAUUGACUAUAAUGCAAUGGGUGAGUCUGGUUUCGAUUAUUGGAGCUUUAAUUUGCAACCUAUUGAUUCAACCUUUAAAGGAGAAGAGUGUAUGGGGUUUGAAAUUGUGGAAAUGGGAGGUCAUGGUGUUGGUUUUGAUUUGCGGGAGAUUGGUUUCAGGUUGGGGGAUUCGGAUCAUAGUCUUUUGUAUUGAAAGGAACUUCCUUUUACGAAAGAGGGUUUUGUAUUUCGUUUAUGGAUUGAGAAAGGCUGUGCAAAAUUGUUUGUGGUUAGCUCUUGUGUUAAUCGCAUGGCAUUUCUUGUUUGAUAAGAAAGUAGAGAGGGAGAAGAAGACUAAGACCCUUAAAUAUGUCACACGAGUUCUGGUUUGUUUCUUGAUUGGUACGCUACUAUGGCUGCUUAAAACUUUAAUGGUAAAGGUACUUGCUUCUUCUUUCCAUGUUAGUACAUAUUUCGAUAGGAUUCAGGAAUCCUUGUUCAAUCAAUUCGUGAUUGAAACGCUUUUGGGUCCUCCAUUGAUUGAAAUUGGGUGGAAAGAAGAGGCAGAGAGGACUUCAGCCGAGAUUCGUAAGUUGCAGAAUGCUGGAGCAAUAAUACCUCCUGAACUCAAGUCCUAUGCCUUUGCAUCCACAAAGAGCGGAAAGGUCAUUGGAAAAAGUUUUAAAUUAAAAAGUGAUAGAUUUUCUCAGCAACUUUCGAAGAAGGAGGAUGAAGGGAUCACAAUUGAUCAUUUAGAUAAGCUCAAUACUAAGAAUGUAUCAGCUUGGAAUAUGAAGAGGUUGAUUAGAAUGGUAAGACAUGGUGCAUUGACAACAUUGGGUGAGCAGAUAUUAGAUGCAAGUCAAGGCGAUGAUGAAUCCGCAGUGCAAAUCAGGAGUGAAUAUGAGGCUAAAAUUGCUGCAAGGAAGAUUUUUAAUAAUGUGGCUCAACGUGGUUCAAAGUAUAUCUACUUGGUGGAUUUGAUGCGAUUUCUAGGCGAAGAUGAGGCUCGGAAGUCCAUGAGUCUCUUUGAAGGUGCACUUGAAAGCAAAAGAAUUAGUAAAUCAUCACUAAAGAACUGGGUGGUGAAUGCUUUUAGAGAAAGGAGAGCGCUGGCGCUGACGCUGAAUGAUACAAAAACAGCUGUGAAUAAGCUGCAUCGUAUGGUUAACAUAAUAGUAGGGAUCAUCAUCAUUGUCAUCUGGUUGGUCAUACUUGGAAUUGCCACCAGAGAGUUUCUCCUUUUUGUAAGUUCACAGCUCGUCCUCGUGGCCUUCAUCUUCGGAAAUACCUGCAAGACAAUAUUUGAAGCAAUUAUCUUCGUAUUUGUUAUGCACCCUUUUGAUGUGGGUGAUAGGUGUGAAGUUGAUGGAGUACAGAUGGUUGUGGAAGAGAUGAACAUUCUGACAACUGUUUUCCUGAGAUAUGACAAUCUGAAGAUCAUAUACCCGAAUAGUACUCUUUCGACGAAGCUUAUCAGCAACUUUUAUCGUAGUCCUGACAUGGGUGAUGCAGUAGAGUUUUGUGUACACAUAUCAACUCCAGCGGAAAAGAUUGCUGUAAUGAAGCAGAGGAUAGUAAGUUACAUUGAGAACAAGAAGGAGCAUUGGUAUCCUUCUCCCACAGUUGUACUGAAGGAUGUUGAGGACUUCACAAGGCUGAGGUUUGCAGUAUGGCCAUCGCACCGAAUGAACCACCAGACCAUGGGGGAGAGGUGGGCAAGAAGAGCUUUAUUGGUAGAAGAGAUGGUGAAAGUAUUCAGAGAACUUGAUAUUCAGUAUCGCUUGUUUCCUCUUGACAUCAACAUCCGAUCAAUGACUCCUGCAACCACUUCUAGCCCAGCCACUCCCCUAACCGGACUGUAGAGACCAGUAUCAGGUUAUUGAAUUUUGAUACCUAUGAAAUCCUCCCAACCUCAACAAAGAUUUAUAAAAAAAAAAACCAGAAUGAGAGAUUGUGUUAGUCAAUUAGGGACUUUUUGCUUUUCUUUUAUUUUCUUUUUUGUCUCAACAAUUUUGGUUGAAUUGGGUUUUACCUAGAGUGUUUAAUAACUUAUUACAAGUUUUGAGGAUUAGUGAAGAAUUAAGUGGCCGCUUGUGGCGGAUUAUGUUGCAUUAGAAUAUUUUCAGAUGAACUUGCACAUGA